AUGGCGGGGAUUGAGUCGGGAUCUGAGAGCAGCGAGGAGGACAGCUUGCCCUCCUUCGCCUACCUGCUGCAACCGUCCCCAUGCCUCGGCCAGCCGAGGCGCCCGCGAUCGCCAUCUCCUGAUCAUGAAGUGGCAGAGGUUGUCAAGAUGGUGAGCAGCGAGAGCGAAGAGAUGGAUGAAGAGGAGAUGGACGUCGUCCCUUUGAGUGAGAGGGUCGAGAUGAGGGUGGGAGCGGAGCCUGAGCCUUUCAGCCUGGGCACUGGCGAUACAGGAGAGGCAUCUGGGCUUUGUGAUAGUGGUGACCUGAUGGCUUCUGGGAGCGAAGGGCUGCAGGAAAACCUGGCGCCGUCUGGAGAAGUGGCUUGCGACAGUGAGAAUGGUACACGCAGUGCUGAGAGAUUCUCCCUGUGCUCCUCGCCAGUCGACUCAGACAGGCCUAGUAGCCCCCCAGUAAGCAGAGAAAGGCCAGAAACAUCACUCCCUCUCAAGAAGCGACAGUAUAGUCAGAAGGAACGGGAGGCAAUCUGCCAGAAUGCGUGGCAGAGAAGGAAGGAGCAAGGAGCAAAGAGGAGGAAGCAGGAGGAGGAGAAAGAGAGGAAGAGAGCUGUUGCUAAGAUGCUGAAAGCUCAGCGGCCAGGAGAGUGCCAGAAAUACAUAACAGUGGUGCUAGAUCCAGUCAUCUUACAGGUAGAAGGUGGAGAACAGAUCCUUAGUGCUUUGCAGGCUGCCAAUUAUUCCUGUGUGUUUGAAAACCAAGCUGUUCCUUGCAGCAUCACCUGGAGGAGAAAGACAGUGUCAUCACAGAUGGGAGGAGGAGAUGAAUGGACAGAAGAACCAAAUGUCCUUGUUCUGCUUGGCUUGGAGGAGUUUUUGUCCAUGGCUCGCAGCUACAAGCAAAACAUUGACGGCUGUGCAGAAAGGCAGGAGACCCUGCAGAGCUAUGUAGCUCAUAUGAUGGAGAAAAUGCCUGGGAGAAUUCUGGCUCUGGCAGUAGUUGGAGUAGAAAAUUAUUUCAGGUCUCUCCAAGUUCAGCCAAAACAAAGGCUGCGACAGGCAGCAGCGAGUGGGAAUCAAGAGAAACGAGCAGAAAGGAGAAAAAAGGAGGUUAAGGAUUCUGGCCUGGACUUAUCCAGAAUGGAUGUGAAAGAAGCCCUGGUGGAUCUGCAGCUGAGCACACAAGUCCAAAUAAACAUUUUUGAGAGCAAUGAGGAGCUUGGGGAAUAUGCCACUAUUUUCACAAAAGCUGUGGCUGAGGCACCAUACAAGCGAGAGCGAGACAAUGCAGGGUUCUCUUUCUACUUGGAGAAGAGCUGUUCUGGAGGAGUGAAGGUGGAUCCUUCUGGAAAGGGUCUCUUGAAAGUUUGGAAGAGGCAGAUACAGCAAUUUAACCGUGUCAGCUCUGAGAUGGCUGAGGCUAUAGUGUCUGCUUACCCUUCUCCUCAGCUUCUGAUCCAGGCCUAUGAGAGAUGCUCCUCGGAGCAGGAGCGGGAGAACAUGCUGUCCAACAUCCCUGUGCACCGUGGGGAGGGGGUGACAGCCACCUCCCGGCGCAUCGGGCCCGAGCUGUCCCGACGCAUCUACCUGCAGAUGACUUCCCACAAUCCUGACCUCUGUCUGGAUUUCACUGGCUAGCACGGGGAAAAAGGGUUUUAAUGUUUGUCUGGUUAAGUGUUCGGUUUUGGAUUUCACUGGGUUGCUCCAGGGAAUAAGGGUUUUACCAUUUGUCUGGUCAAGUUUUCAGUUUUCUUCUGUGAAGAAGUGCUUAGAUAACACUCACUGAUCCUUGUUUAAAAACU